GGUAGCUAUCAAUCUAUCAAUCCUUCAAACCAAAUCCAAGCAAGCAAGCUGGCUUUCCAUUUUCAGUCGAAAACCUUUUCCCUCCACUCUCUCUUAGUAUAUAAAGUCUGUCGUCGCUCUUCUCUUCUUUGGUCUGUUUUCUGAUUUUAGAUAUCAGAGAGCUCUGUUUUCAAAGCCACACGGAAUCGCAAAGAAGGAUAUUAAGCAGGUGAAGGUAGCAGUGCGAUAAAAUUUAUAGUGGUAUAGCACUGCUUUCAAAGGAAUACUGAACCACUUUGUUCCAGUAGCUGUCUAAAAGCCUCAUUUGCAGGCUUCUUUGCAAUGGAUGCUACAACACUGAAGUCACAACACCGCCCUUUUUCAAUUAAACUAUGGCCACCUAGCCAAAACACAAGGCAAUUGCUCGUGACACGUAUUACAGGAAAUCUCACCACAAAGUCAAGUUUCACUCAGAGGUAUGGCACUCUGAGCAAAGAGGAGGCUGAGGAGAACGCUAGAAGAAUUGAAGAUGUUGCUUUUGUCACAGCAAACCAACAUUAUGAAAUGGAGCCAGAUGGUGAUGGAGGUUCUGCUGUACAGCUUUAUGCAAAGGAAAGCAGUAAGCUAAUUUUGGAAGUUCUCAAGAGAGGCCCGGCACGAAAGGAGGACGGAGAAGUCCCAGUGCCUGCAGAGGUUGCUAUAUCACGUGAUACUGUUUUUGAUAUAUCAAAAGGGCCACGAGCUUUUAUUGAGGCAGAGGAGGCUGAGGAUAUUCUAAAACCAUUAAAGGAGCCAGGAAAUUCAUACACUAAGAUAUGCUUUAGUAAUAGAAGCUUUGGUAUAGAAGCAGCCCAUGUUGCGGAGCCCGUUUUGGCUUCCAUGAAGGAUCAGUUGAAGGAUGUUGAUUUGUCGGAUUUCAUUGCUGGUAGACCAGAGACAGAAGCUCUUGAAGUUAUGAAUAUCUUUUCUGCUGCUCUGGAAGGUAGCAUUUUGAAGUCCUUGGACCUUUCAAACAAUGCCUUGGGUGAGAAAGGUGUGAGAGCCUUUGGGGCACUCCUUAAAUCACAGAGUUGCUUAGAGGAACUUUAUCUAAUGAAUGACGGUAUUUCUGAGGAAGCUGCACGGGCAGUUUGUGAAUUGAUUCCAUCAACAGAGAAGCUUAGGAUCCUUCAUUUCCAUAAUAAUAUGACAGGAGAUCAAGGGGCACUUUCCAUUGCUGAAGUUGUGAAACGUUCUCCGUUACUAGAAGAUUUUCGAUGUUCCUCUACAAGGAUAGGUGCAGAAGGAGGAAUUGCCUUGUCAGAAGCACUUGAGACCUGCACUCAGUUGAAGAAACUUGACCUGCGAGACAACAUGUUUGGUGUAGAAGCUGGAGUUGCUUCGAGUAAAGCUAUUUCCAAGAAUACAGGGUUGACUGAGGUUUAUCUGAGUUAUCUCAACUUGGAAAAUGAGGGUGCUGUUGCCAUAGUCAAUUCGCUGAAGGAAUCGGCCCCUGCGCUUGAAGUACUGGAUAUGGCUGGGAAUGAAAUAACAGCUGAAGCUGCUCCUGCUAUAUCUGCUUGUAUAGCAAUGAAGCAGAAUCUAACCAAGUUGAACUUCGCUGAAAAUGAGUUGAAGGAUGAAGGUGCUAUCCAGAUUAGCAGGGCCUUGGAAGAAGGCCAUCUUGAAUUGAAGGAAGUUGAUAUGAGCAUCAACUCCUUAGGAAGGGCUGGGGCUCGGGUCUUGGGACAAGUGGUGGUGCAGAAGCCUGAGUUUAAAUUGCUGACAAUCAAUGGGAAUUUUAUCUCCAAUGAAGGCAUUGAUGAGCUGAAGAAAAUGUUUAAGAAAUUCCCUGACAUGCUUGGGCCCUUGGAUGAGAAUGAUCCUGAAGGAUGUGAUGAAGAUGAAGAAUCUGGAGAGGGUGAUGAUGAUGAGCAUGACUUGGAAUCCAAACUGGAGAACCUUGAAGUUAAUGGAGAGGAUUAGUGUUUCUCUUAUUAUGAAGGACCAUUCGUAGAUUCAAUUGCAGUGGAGGAUGAUUAAUGCAGGAGACAUUCACAGUGUAUUGUAUGUUCUUUACAAUCUUAAAAUGCUGACCAGAGCUGUGGCUCAGUUUGCUGUGAUUGGAACUGAAGCAUUUUCCAUCGGUAGGGCAGGUUUACUGCAAACUUUUCCAUCCUCCGUUUUCCAUUACCUAUUUAUCUCAUCUGGACUUUGUAGGAUAAGAUUCUGUAGUGCAUUACUAAAAUAAUGCUAAUACUUCUUUUUUAAGUUUCUUUUGCAUUAAUGCAUUAUUGACUUCCUGCUGUUGGUUGAUUUUUUUAAGUGUAUUACAUUAGCCUUGGACCGAUU